CUAAUAUUAUUUUAUUAAAAUGAGUGUACGAGUAUGCAGGCAUUCCAAUUUGAUUGUCAACAAAAACAUACCAUGAAACUAUUGACCACUUGAGUUCCAGUGUUUGAGUGAGCAUUUCCAAUUUUACACAAUGUGACUGCCUCCGUCAACUCCACUCCCCGACCCCUCCCCUUCCACUCACCCCUCCACAAUGACGCGGUGACGGGUCAGACGUGCCUCCCCUCCCGUGGUCUUUUCUGCGGCUUUUUUCCGGGCUUCGUGUCAUACCACGGUAAUUCCACAAAUUCCUGCCUUGCUCUCGCUUCAAACAAGCGGCACUGAGAAGAAGGUCAGAAGGACAUCAAUAAAAGAAAACAAAAGAAGAGUUUGCAAACUGUUGCUUCACCUGUGAGGAUUCCCGCCAGGACGGAACGAGCUGAUUGCACGCUACAUCAAACUUCGCACUGGAAAAACGCGGACCAGGAAGCAGGUGUCUAGUCACAUCCAGGUUCUAGCACGACGGAAGGCCCGGGAAAUCCAGGUGAAGCUGAAGGUACGCUACGACCAGGCUGCCAAAGACAAGGCGCUACAGAACAUGGCCACCAUGUCUUCAGCCCAGAUCAUCUCGCCCACUGCCUUCCAGAAUAAGAUGGCCCUCCAGGGGCUCUCCAGGCCGGCUUACCCCACAACUGGUGGGUUUUGGCACGGGGCUCUUCCAGGACAGCCAGGAGGCCAUGAAGACAUUAAGCCCUUCUCCCAGCAGAGUUACGCCAUGCAAGCGUCCGGCCCAGCCCCCAUAACAGGUUAUGAAAGCACUGCAGGGCUGUCCAUGUCACCUGGUGCCCCCCCUUGGCAGGGGAGAUGUAUCGCCAGCUCCAAGCUGCGGAUGCUGGAGUUCUCCGCUUUCCUGGAGCAACCUCAAGAUCCUGAGACUUUCAACAAACACCUUUUCGUGCACAUUGGCCAGUCGAACCCCAGCUACAGUGACCCCUACCUGGAGUCAGUGGACGUAAGGCAGAUCUACGACAAGUUCCCUGAGAAGAAAGGAGGCCUGAAAGAGCUCUUCGACAAAGGGCCGCACAACGCGUUCUUCCUCGUCAAAUUCUGGGCGGACCUGAGUGUGAACCUGCAGGAUGACAGCAGCUUCUUCUACGGUGUUUCCAGCCAGUACGAGAGCUCCGAGAACAUGAUUAUUACCUCGUCCACCAAGGUCUGCUCCUUUGGCAAGCAGGUGGUGGAGAAAGUGGAGACAGAGUACGCCCGCUUCGAGAAUGGCCGAUACAUGUUCCGGAUCCAUCGCUCCCCUCUGUGCGAAUACAUGAUUAACUUCAUUCACAAGCUCAAACACCUGCCAGAGAAGUACAUGAUGAACAGCGUUCUGGAGAACUUCACUAUCCUUCAGGUGGUGUCCAAUCGGGACACUCUGGAGACGCUGAUGUGUGUGGCCUACGUCUUCGAAGUGUCCACGAGCGAGCACGGCGCCCAACAUCACAUCUACCGGCUGGUCAAGGACUGACACGAGAACGUUACUGCUCCUCCGAACAACGGUGCACUCUUCUCGGCGAGCCUCAGGCUUGAUCGCGACCCGACCUGGGAAGCGCCAACGUCUCCCAGGGAUGACACCAUACUGGAUUUUCAAGAUCAGGAACCAGGCCUGGUGUGUUGACAGUGAUGAGAAAGGACCAUGAUGCACUGCGGUUUCCAUACCAAAGCCUGGCCUUGAAAAAAAGCCCUGCAUGAGAACGUUGUCAUUGGUGUUUCAUUUGUAUUUUUUUUUUUUAAA